AUGCCAGAACUUCCUGAAGUAGAAUAUGCUCGAAGAUUAUUAGCUCGUUUUUUAAAUCAUACACAUAUAACUAAAGUUACGUAUCCAGAUGCAGAUGGUUUAUCAAGACGUUUUAUGAAUUGUACACCGACAACAUUUGCUAAUAGUUUAGUUAAUCGAAAAAUACUUGAUAUUAAACGACAUGGAAAAUAUUUAUGGUUUGAAAUGAUGGAUCAACAACCUUUAACACCAAUAUUUCAUUUUGGAAUGUCAGGAGGUUUUCGUAUAAAAUCUGCACCUGAUGUUACUUAUUCAAAAGAAAUUAAACUUGUUAAAAUGAAAGCAAAAAAUGAAAUUGAUGGACAAUGUGAAUCGUUUGUUUAUGAUGAUGAACUUGAUGCUGAUUUAACAUGGCCACCUCGUUUUACACGUAUGAGAUUUUUAACAUCAAAAGGUCAUGAUAUAUGUUAUACAGAUCUUCGUAAAUUUGGACGUUUUCAUCUUGUUGAAUCAAAAUCACCACGUUCAUGUUUACCAUUAUCGAAACUUGGAUUUGAUCCUUAUCUUGAAAUGCCAACCUAUGAAGAUUUUAUCAAUUUAAUUCAUUCAUAUCGAUCAGCAUCUAUUGAACUUAAAGGACUUUUACUUGAUCAAACUUUUUGUGCUGGAAUUGGUAAUUGGAUAGCUGAUGAAAUACUUUAUCAAUCACAAUUUCAUCCACGAAAACGUUUAAAUACAUUAAAUGAUGAACAAUUAAAAAUUUUACAUAAAAAUAUUGAUUAUGUGAUAAGAACAGCUGUUGAUGCUGGUGGUAGUCAUAAAUUUCCACCUGAAUGGCUUUUUCAUUAUCGAUGGACAAAUAAACGAACAACAGAAGAUUAUUAUAAAUUAACAAUAAAAUUUGAUACUGUCGGUGGACGAACAUCAGCUUAUGUACCACAACGACAAAUAUUAUCGAAUGAUGAACAACAACAAGUUGAUGUACGACUGGCUGCAAGAGAAGUUAAACGAAACAGCAAAAAGAAAAUGAAAAUAAAUGAUGAAAAUGAUAAUGAAUCAAAUGAUGAUGAAAAUAAUGAAACAUCGAUUAUUGUAGCUGAUGCAAAGGUACCGACGAAGAAACGAAGUAAACGAAAAAUGAUUAAAAUUGACACGGAAACAAAUGAAUUACCAUCCAAGAAAAAAUUACUAUUAGCUCCAACUGUCAUAUCAAAUCGACCACAACGAGCAUAUCUCAUCCCAUCACUGUCUCUUAAAUUAACUAAAAUAAUGGUGCAAACAAGUCCCACCCCGUUUGAUGUGGGCCGUGCAUUCGUCCAUCAGUAUUAUACAUUAUUACAUCAAGCACCUCAUAUGCUUCAUCGAUUUUAUUCUACGGAUAGUACAUUCAUUCAUGGUGGUGUUGAUCGACCAGGUUGUGUUGAACAGCCAGCUGUUGGACCGGAAAGUAUUUCUCAACGAAUUAAUGACCUUAAUCUACGUGAUUGUCAUGCAAAAAUUCGUCAGGUCGAUUCACAUCCAACUAUUGGUGAUGGAGUUGUUGUUCAGGUUACCGGUGAAUUAUCAAAUAAUGGUGAUCCAAUGCGUCGUUUUAUGCAAACAUUUGUAUUGGCACCACGACAACCAAAAAAAUACUACGUACAAAAUGAUAUUUUCCGUUAUCAAGAUGAAGUUUUUGAUGAUGGAUCUGAUGAAGUAGAUGAGGAUGAUCGAUCAAGUUCACAUAUUUACGGUGAUACAAUUUCAAAUGCAGACAAGGUUUCAAAUGCUGAUUCAUCAGCAGCCAUGGCAGCAACUUCACAACAACCAUUACUUGUGACAGCUACUGUACGAUCAUCAAUGGAAGAACAACAACCAUUACCACCUCGUAGUAAUGUAUCAACACUUCCAAAUAAUCAACCACAAAUUAUUCCUAUUCAAACUGUUCGUCAACAAGAACAUCAACAUACAGGUUCAACUAAUUUGAAUGGUUUUGCAAAUGCUAAUGUUAAUGAAUCUACUAAUUAUAGUGGACUCAAUCAUACACAUCUUCAACAACAAGAAAUAGUUCAAUCACAUUCACAAUCUAGUCCAAGGCCAUUAAAUCAUCAAGAAAAUCAACAACAAAUAAAUGGUGGUAAUGUGCCAAAUCAACAACCGGUUAAACAAACUACAACAAUACAACAACCAACAUUAACAGAAGGACAAAGACCAGAAGGAACAUCCUAUGCUGGUAUUGCUAAAUUACAUUCAUCAACGGGUUCAACAUCAAAUGUUACUUCAACUUCAACAACUACUUCACGUAAUGGUUCAAUUUCAAAUACAAUACCAACAUCAAUUUCUCAACAAUCAAAUACUAUUCGAUCAUCAGUAAAACCACCAUUGACAACAACAAAUCGACCAAGUAGUAAUCCUCAAUUGGGUCAACAACAACAACAACAACAACCACAACGUGGUAGUGGUAAUUAUCAUUCACAAACUAAUCGUGGUAUAAAUGUUGCAACAGCACCAAAUGAACAACAAGUUUUUGUUGGUUCAUUACCAUUGAAUAUUACCAAAGAAACAUUAAUUGAAUGUUUUUCAAAAUUUGGUAAAGUUCUCGAUGCUAAAAUUCAUACACCUGCUCAUGACAAUAAAAAGAAUUUUGGUUUUGUUGUUUUUGACGAUCCAGAAGUUGCAAUAUCUGUUGUCAAAAGAGAACAUGUUAUGUAUGAUGAAACAACACGUUUAAAUGUUGAACCAAAAACUCAACGAAAUUAUCCAUUGAAUAAUAAUAUUGGUGGUAAUUUUAAUAAUGGACCACAAGGUGGUGGUGGUGGCGGUCGUAAUAGUAAUUAUCAAGGAAGAGGUAGUGGUCGUGGUGGAAAUCGAGCACCAUAUCGUGGUGGUGGUAAUAAUCAAAGACGUGGUGGUCAAUUUAAUAAUAAUUCACCAUCAUUCAGUGGAGCGGAUGAAAAUAACAACGAAUAUCGAUCUAGCAAACCUCAACAAUCAGUACAACAGUAA